AUGUUUCAGCUUCUACUCGGGAUGUCAAGUGAACAAUCAGCUGAUAUUGGUGAACCACCUGCGGUCGAAUGGAUGAUUCUACAUCAUUUAAUCAUAAUUCUUCUAACAUUAAUCGGAAAUUGUCUGCUGAUAUUCGUGAUUCUGAAAAAUAAUAUCGUACGUCGACGGAAACGAGUCACACCUGUGCAGAUGUUAAUGCUGCAUAUGUGCGCUGCGGAUCUGCUAUUCGCCCUAAUCACUAUGAUCCCAACGAUGGCAAUGACCGCUACCGUACCGAUUUUUCACGGUCCGGAUAUGCUGUGUAAAAUUGUGAAAUUCCUUCAGGUGAUUCCAAUGUAUGCGAGCUCAUUUCUUCUGGUCGCCAUUAGCGCUGAUCGAUUUCAGGCGAUCUGUCGACCAUUAGCGUCGAUGAAAUCGAACGCCUAUAAACGUCCUGCAUUGUAUGCGGGGAUUGCGUGGGCGUUAGCGUUACUCUUCUCCACUCCACAAUUUGUCUUAUUCGCUAAACGUGACGGGGAUUGUGUUGGGACCUACACAAGCCCGUAUCAGUACGCUCUGUACGUUGUGGUAUUCAACACGGUGGUUUGGCUUCUGCCUAGCGCACUAGCCGGAUAUUUGUAUUUCUGUGUAUGCAAGGCCGUAUGGCAGAGCACAUCGUUCGGGAGUCAUUUUCAGGCGAAUGGAAAAACGGGACAUUUAUCGAUUUCGACAGCAGGAAUGCAAGUUCACCAUAAAGGUGCAACCCUUCAAUGUGUGGAAUUAGAUCGACGGCGUGUACAAACGGUGAAACUUACGCUAACUAUAGUUGCUGGUAAUUUCAUUCUAUGGGCUCCAUUUUGUAUCACAUCGGUCAUCGAUGCGCUGUGGCCUGCAGCAAUCAAUCCAACAUUUGCUACAUAUAUCAUGUUUUUUGGCAAUCUGAACAGUUUAUUGAAUCCAUGGAUUUGGUUUUACUUCAAUGGUGCAGAAUUUAAACGAGCGCUUACGUGUCGUUACAACACUGAUCCGCUCUUGUACGGUCGUCGAACAAUAGAUGCUACAACGGAUUAUUCAAAUGAAUAUCACAAUACGUCUGACUCACCAAAAGGAUGA